GUACACGAGAGUUUUCUAGCAUUGUGAGGAGCACACUUAGCAUGCAUGUUGAUGACUUUUUUUCUCUCUUCAACAUGAUUCCAUUAAUCAAUGAAUGCCUCAUCAUGGGCCAUUUCGGUCAUUUUUUCCUUCCCCCGUUGCUUUUUUUCCGAAUCGUGCAGCGGCCGAGAAAUAGCUCGCUGUAUGUGUAGUUUUUUUUUGUCGAGUAUUAGAGCAUGAGUUGUUUAUGUUGUAUGACAGGUGUGUCGAUGUAGCCUUUAAAAUUCACACAUCACAUGAUGAUACAGCCGACGGUAAUCUCUUAUCCAGUUGUUCUCUAAGUCUGUAAAGGAGACGCUUUACGCUUUUUUUUUCUUCCCGGUCAACCACUUAAAUAUGAACAGGUAAUGAUUGUUGAAAGUACAUCUUGUUCAUCAAUAAUCUUCUAUUAAAAAUCUGAAGAACUGCUUGUUAACUGUUUGUUUUCCAAUCAUCUGAAGGCCCUCGCCAGGAAGUUGUAGAAUACGCAACAAGGUACUAAGUAAAUAAUUGUAUUUGUUGAGAGUCGUGAAAAUGAAGCUCGCGCCUAACCCGAAGAUAGCUAAUGAAAUUUUUGUAACCAUCUGCAAAAGUAAUCGUAUGCCAUCGCCAUACUGUCGCCCACAUAGUGCACGCCAAUAGCUGACUACAUAAUCACAACUAUAAUUGUCAUACAAAAAAUGGGCGGCAGUGGUGCAAAACAAGCGGUCGCCUUGGGAGUGCAGUGGGGAAACUUUAAAGCUCAAGUAGACGAGUUCUUCAGCUUGAAAUACGAGCUCGCCGAUCAUGGUGUAAAAGACGUCGAUUUCUCCUCAGGCAUACUGGACCCCGCUAAAGUGGGCCUGAAUCCCAAAGAUUACGAAGAGUUUCGUGGUUUUUUGAAACAUGUCUUCAGCAGUUGCCUCGCCGAAAACUUGUUUCAUAAAGGUACUAAGAUUAUGCGACCUUUUAUAAUUUGGGCUGAUUAGUUGUGAAUGUUGAUGCGUGGGCGAUUUCUGAGUCUGUCAAAAGUUUGCUUCCUCUUUUAUGUGAUGUGGUCUUCCUACUACCACGUCUAGUAUUUUUGUGUCGGUAUGGCCAGCGUAAAGUGUGUUUUCACAAAAAGUUACAAAUUUAUUUUUUUAAAUUUUUUCUCAUGGUGUAAGUAGGUAGAUCACUAGCUAGUUAAGGUUAAUAGGCUAGGGGAUUCCCCCUGGGUCGGCCGUCUGGAAUCCGGUGGCUGAAGAUCUGGGCGCUUUGGAGGCUUUUGGCGCUUAAAGAAGCUCCUAGUAGGCCAACGCAAACGGAAACCUGGACCCCCGAAGGGGUCCACGGACAACAACAAAUGCCAAGCAGUGCAGUGAACCAGUAGGGUCAAGCUCUCACUGAGCACCAUAAGGAAACAACAAGGCCGGAGCAAGAAGCGCGUCGAUGUGGACCGGUGUGCAUGUUCUACAUCGAUGGCGAUCGCCCUAAAGUCACAGCUAAGGCAGUGGCUUGGUUUCGGUGUCUUCCAAAAGCAACAGCAAGGUCGUGGAGAGAUGGGGCGGCUUGGUGGUGGUAGAAAAAGAGAAGAUAGAAACUAAAGCGUAGUGAUACUCGCUCCGCGAUUUGGAGGCGGACGCCAGGCCGUCCUGGGCUUACUAGCUAUGAGCGCCCGAUAACAUCCCUCCCACUAGGAUUCCCGCCCCUCCUCCCCAAAGUAAGAAACUAAGCACAGCAUGCAAAGACGUGAGCGACGUGCUUCUUUUUUCCAAGUUUCGAAAUAGAUUCCCCACGUUUUGCCUUCGUUUGGGGAUUGAGUCUCGUGCGUUUGAAGUGCUAAGGUCCCAAAGCUUUUGACUUUAGGCCCUUUCUUUAGCAUUCACCUUCUUGGCUUCGCGUUUUUCAAAUUUCGAAAAUUUUCCAAGUUUUUUCGUCGUUUUGAGAUUGAAGCUCGUGCGUUUGAAGCGUUAAGACGCCAAACUUUUUGACUUUCAGCCCUUUCCUUGCGGUUUAAUUUCGUGGAUUCGCGUUGGCCAAAUUUCGAAAAUUUUCCACGUUUUCCCGUCGUUUUGGGGUUGAAUCCCGUGAGUUUGAAGGGCUAAGGCCCCAAAGCUUUUGACUUUCAGCCCUUUCCCUGAGAUUCAACUUCUUGGAUUUGCAUCGUUGAAAUUUUCGAAAAUUUUCCACGUUUUGUCGCCGUUUUGGGAUUGAAUUCCGUGCGUUUGAAGUGCCAGGAUCUCAAGGCUUUUGACCUUAAGCCCUUUCCCUGAGGUUCAAUCUCUUGGAUUUCUAUUUUUCAAAUUUCGAAAAUUUUCCACGUUUUUGCCGUUUUGGGAUUGAAUCUCGUGAGUGUGAGGCGCUAAGAUCCCAAAGCUUUUGACUUGAAGCCCUUUCCCCCGAAAUUCAUUCAACUCCAUGGCUUCGUGGUUUCAUGGUUUCGCUUGUUUGUUUUUGUGUCGGGGGUUGUGGGUUUAGGUGUUUGGGGUUGAGGCUUCGGAGGGGGUGCGUUUGCCAAGUUUUGUUGCUCUUAAUAUUUGGUCUGCGGAGUCGACCCGACUCCACGAAGCAAGCAAGCCCAUCAUCACCUGGCUGCUGCCUCAAAGUGCCCACUUCUUCAGCCUCUGGAUUACCAGCCACAGGAGUCCUCGCGGCCAAUCCAGGGGAUAUCUCCUAGCCUAGUUGCUUAACUAGCUGGCGAAGUCUCUAAGUAAUUAAUAGCCUUAUAUUUUCAAAAAAAUUAAUUUGUAACUUUUUAGAAAAAGACACUUACCGCUGGCCGUAGUCGGGCUCUCAGAAGUAUUAGCCAUUUACGCAGCAAGCUUGGCGCAGUGCUACAUCGCCUUCACCUCUCUCAGGUACAGGCUGCACGAAGUCGGGCGAGAAGAUGGGCUGGAGCUAUGACCAGUUUUCUUAUCCGGACGAUAGUCAUUCCAGUGCUGGCCGAGUAUCCACAGCCUCAGGGCGGAAAUAUGACCGAUAUAGCAAAACCGUGGCAAGCUCAAAGAACGAGGAUGGAACAGUACGCGAGGAGAUCAUCGUCAACCAUUUGGUGUGGGUUUAUAAUCGUGAACUAGAUGGAACCGAUACGGCCAGAAGAUCCCAAAAGGCUGCUCGCCCUUAAAUAGUUCAUGACGGUUGUUGACUGUUACAGGGAGGAGAAGCGGGGGAGGUGUUUGGUCAGUGGGGUAGAGUUGAAGGCAAAUAGGGGGCCUAACGCCGUGCCCGCGAGGAGGGUGAAAGUGCAGGAGAUAGACAACAAGGAGAGACAGAUCUGCGAGAAGUUUAGGAAGAGAGUGACGGAACACCUCCGAAGGGGAGACCCGCUGGGCAUGAAGGGAGUGGAGGGGCUGCAGAGGGUCCGGGAAGUGCUUGGAGAUGGGGGGGAACCAAACUGGACCAGGGGCCGGGGGCUAGAAUCUGGGCGAAAAGGCUGGGGACGGGGAGUGCUGAGGGGAUGCCCCUCAGGUGCUUGCAGUCGACACAUUAGGAGGGGCUACGGAAUGCGGCGGCGAGGGUGCUGCAUGACACUAGGAGAGGAGAAAAGGAGGCACGGGGCUGGACAAAGUGCGAGCACGGUGGCAGGGAGGGCCGCGGGGGCUCGUAGGGCAUUGGGCCAAGACGGUGAAGAACAAGAAGGAAGGAGGCCCGGAGACGCGUGGGGAAAAGGCAGCGCGGAAGGAGCUAACGAAAUGGAAAGCAGCGAAGGGGGAAGAAGGGCGCAUGAAAGGAGAAGAGGAAGAAGGAGGGGGGGGCAGUGAUAUGCGCAGGACCUUCAGGGAGAUGCGCCGCGAGGGAACGGGCGCCACGGAAGAGGAGAUCUUGGCCGCCUUGAUGGAAGCAGCGGAGGAGGAUGCCUGGCCAUGGCAAGGGGCCGGGGCCUAUAUGCACGACCGAAGGGAGGCGGAGGGGGUCCGGGACCUCGCCAGGGGCUCCACCUCUUGCAUGGAGGUGCAGGAAGACGGAGAGAGAGGCGAGGCGCCUUGCCUCUGGCAAGCCAGGUGAAGAGCUGCAGGGGCAGCGCGUCAGACAUUAGAAGGCGCGGGAUGUGCCAGAGCAGUUACGGCAUGGGUGAGGCGCGUGCGAACUGGCUAAAAGGUGCGAAAGGGAUUAGGGAAGACGAGAAGAGCAAAGAGGGAACGCAAACGAAAAGAGACGAAAAGGAAGAAGAGGAAGAGGAGCGCAAGCCCGCGCAAAAGAGGAGAAAGAUGGGCAACGGCAAAGAAACAGGUGGAACAGGUGCGGGCGAACAAAGCAAGGAAGUGAAAGAGGGAAGAGAGCGAGGAGAAGAGCAAGGAGGGAGAAAAGAGGAAGAGGAGCGGACCCGCCACCGAAAGAGUGGAGGCAAGUGGAAAGAGAAAAAGAGGGAAGAGCAUGGAAGGAGAGGGGGGGGAAAAGUGGAGAAGGCGAGGGCCAGCCCCUGGAGAAGAAGGGGGCCGCGCUGGAAGUCGGACAAGCGGGGAGCGCAAGGGCCCACCGGGUGACGACAGUAAAGAAGAGACGCAGGGAGGAAAAAAAAACGGAAAGGGGCGGCAGCCGCUGGAAGCGGGCCAGAAACAAAAGGAAAAGGGCACAGGGCGAAAAAUGGGGGGAAGGGGACGGCUCGACCCGGAGCGAGAGGGCGGAGCCGUGGCAAGCAAAAAAGCAAGGGAACGAAGGGGGGGAGCGAGGCUGGGCAGGAGAAGGCCGGAGAAACCCGCAAGGGAGAGCGGGGGAAAGUAGAGGGGCAGGCCGCAAGUGCUCGGGAGGGUAAGCGCGGAGCUGAAGCGCAGCGGAGUGAGAAAGGAGGCCAAAGGGAAGAGACCCAAAGCCAAAAGAAGCCAAGGAGAUGAGGGCAAGCCCAGCCAAAGAAGGAAAAGGGGCCGGACGGGAUGAGGUUAAUGGAGCGGCGACGAAGGGGCCGCUUAAGGGGAGGCCCCCCGUCCGAUAGGGGAAGGCGAUAAGGCGGACGCCAGAGGCAGGCGCCGCACUCUCUUGGGGUCCCGUCCCCCGCAGGGUUGGCGGUUGGAGCUCCGCGCCCUCUUUGCGGGGUCGAGCGAGUAACUUUGGGAAUUUUAAUCGUUUGAAGGGGGGGCCCUCCCUCUUGUUAUGGAGGCCAGCGCAGUAUCUUAAAGAGGGCAGCCCUCUUAGGUAAAACGGUUGCAGGGAUGAGAUGGCACCCCGCCCCAUCCGGUCGGUUGGCUUGUGUCAUCGUCAGGAUGAUGGAGAAAAGGGGUAGACGGAAUCCCGCCCCACCCGAUCGGUGGGCACAUCGAGCCCAGCCAAGUCAGACAGCUGGCUGCUGAUGAGAACAGGUGGAAACAUCUGCAACAGGAGAAGAACCCAGGGGGAAGACACGCCGCGCGCAGCGUCGUGGCUGCGCCUUAUGAUGGGGAUGCCACUGCCAGGAGCGAGGUGGAGAGCUAUGGUCAGGGCCAGGUCUCGCGCCGGCUACUCGCUGCCAAAGAAGGGCGGCCGCAAUCGUAUAGCAGGGCGGGGGCGGCUACCACGCCCAAGCCGCUCCAAAAGAAGGGCCCAGCGAGCUUGUGGAAGUGCACAGGACUAGCCUUGUGGAAUUUAUAAGCCAAAACGCCCCAGCAAAGGCAGAGAAGUGGGGCCCCAUCUCGAAGGAGAUGGGGCCGACGAGGUGUCUGCCACCUCGUCGAGGCGGAGAGUGAAGAGGAGCAGCCCCCACCAACUACCACGCCACCACGUGAGGGGCUGCGGGCUCUGGCAGUCUCCAGCGUCGACCGCAUAGAAGACCAGACCCGGAGACCAUCCCUGCGCCCGUCUGGUCUUCGUGCUACGUACAUCGGGGGGCGGCGACUUGAAUACUAAGGACAGGAGGACGGCCGCGGCGCUCUCGCCCCAAUGGAAGCCGCCGACGGUUUCGCCAGGCAGGCAGCUCGUUUCUUGCUGCGCUUUGCCUUAUAGCAAACGCCCGCGAAUCCGUUGGCCUUGCUGUCGUGGUUGUUUUGUGUUCUCCUCUGUCCGCAAUUUAUUCGCGGGGCCCCGCGACCGGGCUGCGGGCUUGGGGGCUUCGCGCGGGUCGUUUUGAGUGGCGCGGCGUCUGCAAUUCUCGGGGCUCGCGGAUUGCGAGCCUGGGGACGCUGUUUGCGCGCGUCGUUUUCGGCCGGGUGGUGUCCGCAAUUCGUGGGGACAAUCGACUCAGCUGGGACUCGUCGCGCGGCCACGAAUUUUUGCGGACAACUGGGCCCCCCCGCGUGCCGUUUUGAAGAAUUGAAAGCGGCGGCGUCUGCAAUUGCUUGGCUCGUGGUGGCCCACGAGUUGAGGGCAGUCGGGACUCUCCGCGCGUCGUUUUGAAAGUGACUGCGUCCAGCCCACGCCGACGAGCUGCGGACCCACCCUUGGCGAAGGUGUUGGCGCGUUGGGGCUCGGUGUAGUCGUCGGUCGUCGACGUGCGUCUGUCGUCGAUGGAUCGCCGUCGGUCGUCGUCUGCUGUCGGUCUUGUCUCUGAUCGUCGUCGCCGAUCGUCGUCGGCCGCGGUCUGCCGUCGAUCGCGGUCUGCCGUCGCUCGCGGUCUGUCGUCGCCCGCGAUCUGUCGUCGCUUGUCGUCGAGGGCCUCGGGGUUUGGCCCUUAUUUAUUUCGGAGCCUCCCUCAGGAGGACACGCCUGGGCGGUUUUCGUUCCUAAGUUUCUGCUACAGUCAGUAAACUCCUCGAAUUUUGCAGGAGUUCCGUAUGGUGUGAGUUAGCGUUAGGUCGGCUGCUUGUGGUGGUGAUGGUUUUUUCUGUGUGGUGGGCUUGGUCGUGUGAUGGUGGGGGGCAACAUGCGGGCUCCCCGUGGCCUUGCGGUGAUAUCGGUCGGGUGUCUCCUCCUCAAAAGGCUUGGGUCGGCUUGGCGGCUGUCAGCUUGGCGCCGUGCUCGGGUUUGUUCGGGGGCUCUAAUUUUUUUGCUAAAAUUCGCGCUAGGCUGGGGCGCUAAGAAUCGCGCUACUUCUGCAUGCUAAUCCGGCGCCCCUAACUCGGCGGGAUUUCUUGCCGGGGUGUCUUACUUUUUUACUCUAAAAACUAAUCGCGCUAAUCUGUGACUCCAAUCCUUUUGGGGGGAUCUUGAAGCGGAAACCUCUCCCAAAUUCCUCUAAUUCCUUCCGCUAGUUUGGUCUUUUACUUAAUUUUGUACCCCAAAAGCCUGCGCGUUUUUACGCAUGUUGGGGGGCUGUGAAUUAAAACGCCAAACCAGCGCAACGAACUAGAGAAAUUUUAGAGGGGUUUCGAGGAACCCCAAAAACCCAAUUAGAUAGGGCAACAGCCUAGCAACUUUUUGAACGGGCUCCCCAGGGUGCUUUCCGCCGGUUUCUGCUCAAAUAAAUUAGCGAACAUUUUAGCGCCCGAAUUAGAGUGGUCCCGGGUGGGGGGGGGUAGGGUCGAGAAAGGGACCCCCUGGGCUUUACGGGAUUUCUAGUCGUGUAGGCAAUUUGGUUUCGCUUCUUUACCAUUUUGAAAAUGUAAACAGAGGAGGCGCCAGCCUGUGUUAACUUCGCCUAACUUAGCACGAAAGCACAACUUUGUUUGACCGCAGUGAGCACAUCCACCAAAAAUAUAUCGGAGCAGCCUGUAGGAGGAACUUGAGAAGCACGCGAUAGCGCUAGCACCAGCAGCGUGGCAAUGGCUUGACUGUCAGCAACUUUUUUAGGAUUCAGCGGACUGAGACCACAACAACAAAGGGCAACGGCCUCGCGCAUUCGCUUGGUUGUAAGUUUCUUCUCCCCUGUUCACUUUGUUGGGAGCUUUGAAUUGGCGGACGAGGGGCAGCAGCGUUCCCCUGGUUGUGAGUCUCAGUCUCAGUCCUAACCUCAAGAGGGACGCGGAAAAUGUCCACAAGACGGCGAGGGGGAAAAGCUCCUUCGGCAGAAGUUUACAGGGCUUGGCAAAAAAUGCGGCAGAAAGUCCAAGAGGAAGGGGCGGCAAAAGUGUGCUUGGUGGCAGAAAAUGCGGCAGAAAGUCCAAGAGGGGGGCGGAAAAUGUUCCCGAUUGUCAGAAAAUGCGGCAGAAAGUCCAAGAGGGGGGUGGAAAGUGUUCCCGGGUGGCAGAAAGUCACGGAGGGGGGUGGAAGAUGUUCCAUCCAGGGUAGGCAGAAAACGCGGCAGAAAGUCACAGAGGGGGGCGGAAAAUGUUCCCGAGGAGGUGGCAAACCUGGCAGAAAAUCAACCCGGGGGGCGGAAAGUAUUCCCCAGGCAGAAAACCUGGCAGAAAAUCAACAAAGGGGGGCGGCAGAAUGUUCCUGAGGCGGCAAACCUGGCAGGAAAUCACUCAGGGGGGUAGAAAGUGUUCCCGAGGCAGCAAACCUGGCAGAAAGUCAACCAAGGGGGUGGAAAAUGUUCCCCAGGCGGCAAACCUGAAAGAAAGUCGAUCAAAGGGGUGGAACCACAGGGACCACACAGGGACCACACGAACCACAGGAACCACGCACAGGAGGCCCCAGCAGGAGCAGGACCCGCCUGGCGAUCGCUUGGCCCCAGAUCAUAUCCGCACUAGAAACCCCGUAAAGCCCAGGGGGCCCCAUUCUCGAGCUUAAGGGGGGGAGGGCUGUCUGCCGCGUAUGUUGGUUCGCGCCGGUUGUGUUCUUUCAUAUAUUGGGUCGUCGGGUUUUGCAGGGUCUGCGCAGGGGUAGGGCUGUGGUGUCUGCACUUACGGGCAGCUUGUUGCUUGGGUGGUCGUGCUUUUGGAGGUGCGGCCGAUGGGUAUUGCGUAUGGCUGGCCAGGGGGUGGGUGUCGCUAGCAGUUUCGCGGGUGCUUCUGAGGUGGUUGCGCGCAGGAAAAUUGGCAGAAUUUUAGCGACGUUUUAAAGGAUUGGGGUGGCUGGGGUUGUCCCCCGUAAGAGUCAGCGAACGCCCCCCGCGGAUCGUCACGCGUCACGCCCCUAGCAUGACGCGUAUGAAUCUCGGGGGGAUUGGGUGUUUCUUCGCCGUGCGUGCUCUGGCGUGACGCGUAGGAAUCUCGUGGGGCUUGGGUGCUUUUUGACGGUGUGCGCUCUAGCGUGAAGCGUGGGAAUCUCAUCGGGGUCGGAUGUCUUUUCCGCGUGGGUUCUCUAGUGUGACGCAUGGGAAUCCAAUGCAGAUCAGGCGCCUCUUUGCCAGUGUGUAAGCGUGAAAGGGUUCGCCCUUGAGGGUCUUCAUGAUCGGAAAGGCUUCAGCCGGGUGCCCUUUAUUCAGAUUGAGGGCCCUCCCUUGGAGGUCCUCUCUCACGAUCAUCGGAAGGGCCUCAUCUGGGAGCCCUCUCAGAGUGCGGGUUCUCCCUUGAGCAAGGUCUUCUCUCAUGAUCGGAAGAGCUUCAUCGGAGGGCCCUUUCAGCGUGAGGGUUCUCCCUUGAGGGUCCUCAUGAUCGGAAAGACUUCAGCGGAGUGCCCUCUAUUCAGAUUGAGGGCUCUCCCUUGAAGGUCUUCACGAUCGGAGGGGCUUCAUCUGGGAGCCCUCUCAGAGUGAGGGUUCUCCCUUGAGGGUCCUCUCUCAUGAUCGGAGAGUCUUCAUCUGGGAGCCCUCUCAGAGUGAGGGCGCUCCCUGGAGGGUCCUCAUCCAUGAUCGGAAAGACUUCGGCCGGGUGUCCUCUAUUCAGAUUGAGGGCCCUCCCUUGACGGUCCUCAUGAUCGGAAGGACUUCAUCUGAGAGCCCUCACAGAGUGAGUGCUCUCCAUUGAAGAUCCUCGCCCAUGAUCGGACGAGCUUCAUCUGGGGGCCUUUUCAGCGUGAGGAUUCUCCCUUGAGGGUCCUCAUGAUCGGGAAGGCUUCAGCCGGGUGCCCUCUAUUCAGAUUGUGGGCUCCCCCUUGAAGGUCCUCACGAUCGGAAGGACUUCAUCUGGGAGCCCUCUCAGAGGGAGGGUUCUCCCUUGGGGGUCCUCUCUCAUGAUCGGAGAGACUUCAUCGGGGAGCCCUCUCAGAGUGAGGGCUCUCCGUUGAGGGCCCUCAUGAUCGGAAAGACUUCAGCCCGGUGUCCUCUAUUCAGAUUAAGGGCCCUCCCUUGAAGGUCCUCACGAUCGGAAGGACUUCAUCUGGGAGCCCUCUCAGAGUGAGGGCUCCCCCUUGAAGGUCCUCUCUCAUGAUCGGAAGAGCUUCACCCGGGGGCCCUCUCAGAGUGAGGGUUCUCCCUUGAGGGUCCGCAUGAUCGGAAAGACUUCCGCUUGGUGUCCUCUAUUCAGAUUGAUGGCCCUCCCUUGAAGGUCCUCACGAUCGGAAGGACUUCAUCUGGGAGCCCUCUCAGCGUGAGGGCUCUCCCUUGCAGGUCCUCUCCCAUGGUCGGAGGCGCUUCAUCGGCGGGCCCUCUCAGAGUGAGGGUUCUCCCUUGAGGGUCCUCAUGAUCGGAAGGGCUUCAGCUGAGGGCCCGAAGGUCCUCACGAUCUGAAGACGGGGCCUUCAUCUGCCGGCCCUUUCCUGAGCGUCACGCGAAAAGCGUGGCGCCUUGUCUCUAGUAAGUCUGUAGGGUGCAUGCAACAAAAGCGUCACGCUAUUCGCGUGACGCUCGAACCAAGAUGGGGCAAGCUCUCAGUAGUAUACCGGGGGGGAAGGCGUGACGUCAUAUGUAGGACCGCGGGGGGCGUUCGCUGACCCUUACGGGUGUCCCCCUGCCCUCCUUUAUGGUAAUGAAAAUGAACAAGAGCAGGAAGCCCCGGGGGAUCUUGAUCAAGGAAGUUCAGAACAACAGAAGAAGGCCGAGAGGGUGAACCACUGAGGUCAGGCACAUGACUGACGAGCAGCAACAACAUGCAUGCGCUCGUGCGGGUUUCAUUUUUCUACUGAAGUAGUUCGGGUAUACAGUUUAUGGCGCCAGCGCCACAAAGUGGGCCAGCUUCUCAGCUUUAUAGUUUCUACCUAAUCAUUGGGUACAUCAAGCCAAGUCAAGCUUUAUAGUUUCCGCGUUCAUCAACAACAAGCCACCCCAGAAUGAAUGGCCCUACCCGAUAGUUUCGGUGAUCUGCGUUUCGCACGUCCGAAUGAUCCGGGGGCAGCGCUUUGCGCAGGAUGAAGUAAUCUUUGAGCGACGAAGUAAGAUUGGCGGAUACAGAAGGUCGGGGGACUGGGACCCAUCCUCCAGGCGCCGAACAUGGUGGUGGCGAUGGAGAUCAGGAAUUAUGGCAUUUGAGGAAAGCUUUUCGUUUUCAUCUAUGCUACUUUUUCUUCUUCUACCUUUCCCCUUCACCACGCUCAAACCUGCGCUUUCUAGUCUCCACACUUCGCUUUGGGGCGGAGGCUUGCGCUGGUACUUAUCAUCAGCAUAGCGGGUUGUAUGUGGCCUCAGCAUUCACACCCACUGUCCGCCUAGUGCGCUGGUCUGGUGAAGUCCUGGCCUUCGCGCAAAGUGCUUGUGCUCUCUAAAAAAAUGCAAAGAACUACUGUAACCCUACGGAGAGGCACGGAGCUCGAGCUCCCGAGCUUCAAACUCUAUCCUCGUGCUCAGGUUGACACACCGAGUACGACCAGCGACUCUGCCUUCACAGAUCUUCAUCCAGUAGAACUAGCUGCAUCCGAGUGGGUUUGGCAUGGUGUUGCAGCCACUGGCUUCACCUUGUUCAUACUAGUGUUAAUUUACUUCUUCUUCUAUCGGUACGCAGCGGCUGCUGCUGCUGCUGCUACACCUCCUCGCGGCGCAGGUAGCGCCGUUGCUGGUAGUUCUCUCGAAAACGGUGCAGGAGAUCAUGACGAGCAGCAUCACAACAAGAACUACGGCUCGACAAGUUCGAAGGACAACCCUUUCUUGUUCUACUUCGAACGUGCGGAUGAUGAUCAUCAUUCUCGCAGCGACGCUGAGCAUGAGUCCUCGUCUACUGCAUCAAGAAGCAACGAGACCACCGCUGACCACGAAGGCGCAGCGCGAUUAUCUGCAGUGAAGAAGCGCGCGUGUCACGCUAAGAACCUCAAGAAGCUCGCAGCUGACAGCAGUAAGGACGAGCUUAGUGUCGAUGAUGAUCAGCCAGAUUUGACGUUUGGCAGAAAUGAUGCUUCUUCUUCAGUAGUAGGUGCAGAGAUUCGAGAAUGCCAGUCAGCAGCCAGGCCCAGGCAGCGAGUACUGCCGAGUCGAACGCUGGAGGAGGCUGGUAGCGAGACGUUUUGA